CCCCCACGUGUUCUCCGCUAUCCAGCGGCGCGGCGCCCUCUCGGUACUGACCCUCCGAGCUCCGACUCUACCUGUACUGCAGCCCUUCAUCCCGGUACCGGAGUCAGAUGCGAGAUCCUGUGGCUAAGUAAGAAAUCCAAUCUCACUGAAGACAAGCAGAAGGCGGGGCACUUGCUUUUCCAGAGCAGAAAGGAAACUGAUGCAUCAGAAAAGGUGACUAAUAAACAUACUGAAAGAAUAUGGCUGCACAGAUACCAGAAUCUGACCAGAUAAAACAGUUUAAGGAGUUCCUGGGAACCUACAAUAAACUUACAGAAACCUGCUUUUUGGACUGUGUUAAAGACUUCACAACAAGAGAGGUGAAACCUGAAGAGGUUACCUGUUCAGAACAUUGCUUACAGAAAUAUUUAAAAAUGACACAGAGAAUAUCCAUGAGAUUUCAGGAAUAUCACAUUCAGCAGAAUGAAGCCCUGGCAGCCAAAGCAGGACUCCUAGGCCAACCACGGUAGAGAAGUUCUAAGGCGUGGACUUGCACUGAAAGAUUGCUAGCAGCCGUUGGCAGUCAGAACGAGGAUUCAUCUGGUGGAGAAUCCCUGACACACAGCAGGAGCCAUGGUACACCAUCUGUCAUGACUACCUGACCAAUGGAAACCACUGGAGAAAAAUCACUGUUCACCAGAAAGAGUCAAAACAGAAGGCCUUCUGUGCAGUAAAAAUGGUAAGAUGCGGUGUUGUUGAGGCCUUAAGAUUCAUCUGCGUGGUCACCGUGAUUGUAAAAAUAAACCACUGUUCCUUUCUUUGUGACUGUUAAUUUUAAAAGUAAAAUAUGUGUCCAAUCAUGUAUGAGAUAGAAAAAAUUUAUUACUAAAAGUAAAAUAAAUGAAAAUAUCAUUGA